AUGUCGAACAAUUCCACUCCGCCCUCCCCAAGUACAGAAUCUCGUCCGAAGGUCGUGUUUCCCGUUUCCCCAAUACCCCCUAAUCCGCUAGGCAUGGGUAACUUCAUCAGAACUGCCGCUGCAUUAAUAAUUGGAGAUGAAAUCCUCAAUGGCAAAACACUAGAUAGAAAUUCCCAUUGUUUUGCCCAGUAUUGCUUCGAGCAUGGCAUCGAUCUGAAACGGGUAGAAGUCAUCGCGGACAACGAAGACGAAAUCAUUGAAGCUAGCAGACGGCUUGUCAGUAAGUAUGACUUUGUUGUUACAAGCGGUGGAAUUGGGCCUACUCAUGACGACAUAACCUAUGAAUCUCUCGGCAAGGCGUUUGGCCAGAAACUUGUUCAUCAUGAUGAGACAAUACGGAGGAUGACAGAAAUGACCAGGAACCGUAAUUGGAUCGGGAAACAGAAUGCUGAACAGUUGGCUGCCACAUACAGAAUGGCGUUGUUCCCUGAGAGGGCAGAGACGUUAUAUGUCGAAGAAGAUAUUUGGGUGCCCGUCGUUCGUCUCGAGGGAAAGCUCUGCGUCUUCCCGGGCAUUCCAGCACUCUUCGCGAAGUUGCUGCACGGUCUAACGCCUUUCCUUCCUUUACCUCCAAAGAGUGAACGACCACUCAGAAUUCAGAUAUUUACUGAACGGCCGGAAUCUAUGAUAGCGCCCUAUUUAACAUCACUUCAAGAGCGUCUCAGGCCGCACGGGAUUCAAGUUGGGUCAUAUCCUGUCCUCUACAAGGGCGUCUUUGUCAGCCUCAUUGGACGAGACAAAAUACCAGAUACGAAGGCAGUAAGAAAGCUGUGGCUGGCUGAGGUCGCCCAGGAAGUCGAGAGGGAAAUCGACGGGAAAAUAUCCAGCGACGAAGAGGUGGCUCAGAAGAAAGGGGCUGCCGUCGCGGCGCUCAAGCCUCCAGAAGACAGUCCUACAGGCAAAGCUAAGUAUUAA